CGGGCGCCCGGGGCCAGAGCCGUGGAACCGCGUGAAGAUUCCCAGAGCCGGGAGCCGCACCUCAGUGACCGUUCCGGACCCUGGUCCGGCCCUGAGCCAUUGCGUUUCAGCUGUCACCAAAGAGUGCUGCCUAGUCACCUUGUCACUGAAGAGCCCAGCCCUGGACGCGGAGACAGAUGUGUUGUGCGCAAUCAUUUACAGCAAUCACAACAGAAUGGGCCACCACAAGCCCUACUUGGCCCUCAAACAGGUUGAGCAGUGUUUAAAACGUUUGAAAACCAUGGAUUUGGAGGGCUCAAUUGAAGAUCUCUCGGCGGUGUUCUAUUCCAGUGAACAUCAACCUGUCAUUGCCAAAGACUGUGUCAUCCCCAGCCAGCCAGUGGUGGAAGUGGUGUUGAUGAAGGUGUUGGGAGCCUGUAAGUUGUUACUUCGCUUGCUGGACUGUUGUUGCAAGACAUUCCUCCUGACUGUGAAACAUCUGGGUUUGCAAGAGUUCAUUAUUCUAAACCUUGUGAUGGUGGCGCUGGUGAGCAGGUUAUGGGUUCUCUAUAAAGGGGUUUUAAAAAGGCUCGUGUCUUUGUACGAGCCAUUGCUUGGACUGCUGCAAGAAAUCUCCCGGAUUCAACCAAUGCCUUACUUUCAGGAUUUCACCUUUCCUCCCAAUAUUGCAGACUUUUUAGGACAACCGUAUUUUGACGUCUUUCAGGGGGCAAAGCCCACACCGUUUGCAGCUAAAGGUGUAACUAGAUUGCUGAAUAGAUUAUUUCUAACAAAAGAGCAAUCCCCAUUACCCACUGCAGAAGCCUUACUUAGAAUUACGAAAAACGUUACACCAAUGAAGAGCAAUAUAGAACAUUCUGUGGACCUUGGGCAGCCAGUGAAGAAUAAGCAAGUCUUCAAAGAAGAACCGUCAGCAUCUGAUGUGAGAGCCUUCUGCACACAGCUGAAACGGAACGCUCCUCAGGAGACCAGCUUUGAGUGGACACGUCCUCAGGCCAACUUAAAGGGCACCAGGCAUUCUUCGCAGAAAGUGACGGGCUCAGGUCCCUGUGCCACACGGUUGGUGCAAAGCCUCCAAGAGGCUGAGACUUUCGGGCAACUUUGCGAAGAAAUCCAGAUGGCGGUUGUGUGGUGCAGGAGCAACAAACUCAGAGCUCAGGCCACCUUUCUGGGCAACAAACUUCUCAAAAGUAACCGGCUGAAACAUGUGGAGGCUCAAGGUUACAGCUUGCCAAAGAAAUUAGAGUGCAUAAAGACAUCUAUUUGCAACUGCUUGCUUCGUGGCUCAGGUAACAAAACUUCAAAGCAUCACCUGAGACCGAGGAGAUCCCAGAGUCAGUUUUUACAGAGACAAAGGAAACCAGAGAGCACUGCAGCAGUCUCCUGCAGGGACUCAGAAGGGGCCACAGGCACCAGCGUGAAACAAAGACUCUCACACCUCGCAGCCAACACAGCUGAGCUGUACCCUCACAAUAUGCAACUCUUAGUCAACAAAGCUCCAACGCUUGGUGGAACUAAGAAGAAACAAAAUGACGGGAAUCUUCCAGGAAGCACUGAAAGUAAAAUGGGCUCCCGGACAGUGACCCAAGUGGACAGACAUAAUACAUCAGGAGCUAUGAAGGAGAGAGACGACAUUGAUGACAUUUUUGCUUUAAUGGGCGUUUAGAUGCUUAUUGCCUUUCCGCUGAGAGCUGGAAGUAGCGCAUGGACUGAGAGGAGCUGCGGCAGAGCAACGCUGCACGGGUUUGCGGUUCAUCAUUUAAUGAAUAAAUAGUUAUUGGCUUCACCUAUAAGCCAGGGACCACAAUAAAAAAUUAGAUGCCGUUCCUUGACAGGCUGGUCAGUCCUGGAAAACCAGGGAAUGAAGACUCUGAAUAAAUAAGUUUACAGAAACCUGACGAGGGUUGGGUGAGUGAGGACUAGGGAAGGUGCACAGGAAAUAGCUCCUUCCUUCCUGGCUCAGUUGCAGGUUUAUCCACCUUGGCAUUUCAAGGCUUCCUGCUUCUGAUGUUUUUGCUUUGUUUCUAUCUGCUGCUCUGGUGGUGUAGUGGUUCUAAGUUGGGCUGGUAACU